AUAGAACGAGUCGAGAACAAAACAACACAAAUCGAACAGAAAACACAGCUAAUUAAAUUCUCCCCCUCUCUCUUCCCCCGUAACUUUUCUUACAAUCUAAGCCUAGCUGCCUGGUGUAUAAAACCCCAACUUCCAACACUACCGCCCCAAAAAAAAAAAACUCCGACAUCCAAUGGCUUCAGCGUGCAUCGACAAGUGCGUGAAGGACACGCGAGACCCGCGAGUUCGGCCGGUUCGGGCCACGUACGUGAACCUAUACAAGUGGCCGGAAUCCGACGCCGAGUUCAUAAAGUCGGUCCGGCGCGUGAGCCAGGGCGUACAGCACCAGCCGCCGAGGGUGGUGGACAGUAUCUCCUGCAGGCAGAUGUAUCUUAGGAGCUACACAUUCUCCCGCAAGGAAACCGUCCCGGAGAAGACCCGCAAGUGCUUCGGCAGGGUCAAGGACAAGGUCGGCCGGCGGAAGGGGACCGAGGGCGGCAGGGAGAAGGGCGGCGGCCGGCGAAAGGGCAGGAAGUGCUUGGUGUUGAGGAAAGUGAAGGAGAUGUCCUGCCGGACGUUUUACAGGAUCUUCCACAGGUUGUUGUCUUGUGCUGCUAGCGUAGAUGUUGUGGAUCACAAAGAUUGAAGUUUUGAAAACAAAACCCUAGCUUCUUUUUUUUUUCUUCUCCCUUUUCAUUUGUGUUUCUUUUCAAAUAAUUUCUUUAAUUAUGUUGAGUUUUUGUUUUUGUUUUUUUUUCCCCCUCUUCUUCUUCCUGCGAUGAUGAUUUUUGUAAUGUGUGUAACUCCAAUCAGUUGUUAACUAGUAAUUAAGGGAGGAUGUAAUUAUGGAGAUUUAUAUAAGCUUUGGUGAAAAUUUUUGGUUUUACGCUGUUGUAUGAUUAUUUGUCGUGCAAAUUCUGAUAGAGAGAGUCAUUCGCGAUUAUGAUUAUAUAUAUGAUAAUUUAACGAGUUUAGAUCGAUUUCGGUAGAUUCCACUACUGAUAAAUUAGUACGAGUACGAUAUUACUUUGUAAUGGAGUUGCCAUUGUCGUAUCGACCUAGUGACGAAGGAAAAGUAGGUGCUGGUAUCCCUAAUGCAGAAAGCUGUGUGAAAGAGUUCACCUAGGAUUCCAAGUCUCUUGGGCAGAAGAACACCUACCAACUGGAGGAUUGUUGGAUUUGUGCAAAACAGCUCGCUUAGGGUUACUUUUCUUCUUUUCUCCACCUCAAUUUUUUUUACAUUAUUACUACCUUAAUUGAGGGAAGUGAAAGUAGAAAAAAAGGUAAGAGAAAAAGCCUAAUGUCCCGGCCCUAAUUCUCACAUAUUUCCCACUAGGGCAAGUUAUAUAACAUGUAUAUAUAAAUAAAAAAGGCUAGCUAAUUACGUAAUUACGAAAUGCAUGCUUCAUUUGAGAGGAACAAAAAGCAAAUCGCAGUCUCAAUGGAGCUCAUCAUCAUUAAGUUGGUAAUGAUCAAUUGUUUCAUUCGGGACAAAAAAAAAAUGGUGGUUCGUCAGGUCCUACAGGAAACACCAGCAGUGCCCAUCAUUAUCAUUAUGCUUAUGACACUAGCUAGCUGGUUAUUGAUUUAAGAUAGGCAAGUGUCGUGAUCACGAUUAUUACAAAUAUAUUGUCCGCUAAACCGUACCGUACCGGCGGUUCAAUCACGAAAUACCAGUAUUGGAAACUAAACUGGUAUACGGUAUUUAACGGUCUAACAGUUGAACUACGAUUAAACCACGAUUUUAUCAUAAAAUAUCAUAUCGUUGACUUUUUCGAUACGAUAUCCGGUACGAUUUCAUAGACGAUGUUGCAGCCGGAGAGAUACAUAGAACCUUAAGAGACAAUGAUGAUAGCACCCACCAGACGCCACUGCAGCGAAAGAGAGGAUUGUGGGUCUAGGGGAUUCAUCACUAUAUACUAUGCUUCCCAGACAAGUUACGUGCAUGCUUCUGAGUUCUGUCCAUGGCUGCCGGCCAUCAUUAUCACAUCCACUGAGUAGAUGUUAAUUACAAAAUAUUGCUCAUAACUCAUACCUAAUCCUCUGGCGUACACCUGUUUAAUUAUAAUGUGUAUUAUAUACGUCGCGCGAUCAUGAAUGUGCUAUAAACUAAAACUGCCCACAAGUUACAUGCAACUGUUGAUUUUGUCUAAUUUAUGGCGUGGAAGUAGGUGUUGGAAAUAUGAUCGACCUGAUUUAAGGUCAAAAUUUACGGACGAAUCCAUCACCUCAAAAUUUACGAAAAAGUGAACGUUGUUCACGACUCUAUCAAAAUUCUAGUCCUUUGGUUUUGAGUUUUCAUACAUACACCCACGUCCCUUAUUUUUAUGAUAGUAGGUGUGGGCAAGUGGUGCGGUCGAAUCAUACCACAUUGUAUUGGCACAAACCGUACCGCAUCAUAAGUUAAUUGAAUCGCAUCGCAUAUUUGACCGCAAUAUAUAAUUGGUUCGGUC